GCCAUCCUAGCCUGUGCAUGCCUGUGCCAUGUGGGCAGAAGUAUGUUCCGAUGCAGGAUUUGGAUUGCAGGAGCGUGGAUUUUGGGUCAGGGAUCAUGCAGUCUCAGAGGAUGUUGCCGCAGAGGUGAGGGAAGAGAUCCUCAAGUGCCACGAGGAAGGCCUGUUAAGCCAAAGCGGCAACAAAUUGGCUGUUCGCUUGCCCGAUGGCAACCGUGGUGGAAGUGUGUGCCAGAAGCGCAACGUUUUUGAGGCAGACCUCAUCGUUGAUGGAGCUGUGAAUUGCCCAGAAGUUUUGGAGAAAAGCCCUGUGUUGGCAGCACUUCUGGCCCAAGAAGGGCAGCUUCGAAAGGCUUUUGGCAACUUGGGACAGUGGCUUCGCAUUGAUCGACUCGAACAAGCAAAAGUGCAGGUGAACACUAGCAGUGGUGGUGCCUUUCCAUGUCAUUUUGAUUUGCCAAGUCAAAGUGGUCAAGGGGCGAAGCGACUUCUGACAGUGUUGCUGUACUUAAAUCCACAAUGGGUUGAUGGUAAUGGCGGGGAGGUUGAGGUUCUACCCUUCCCGUUUGCCAAUACAGUCCUUCCGCCCUUGAACAGACGUUUUGUGGCAUUCUCCUCGUGUACCACGCUUCAUCGGGUGCGGCCUUUUUUUGGAACGAACCGAGUUUGUUUGAACCUGUGGUUCGAAGGAGAAGCAGAGAUACCGUUUCCAGCACCUUUGGAGGCAGAUCGUUUUGACCACCGUGUUUGCAACAUUGUCAGGAUUCUCCGACAACGCCCUGCUGAGCUGCGAGCAUUCUGCAAAGUUUGGUACAGUGACACUAUGGUCCAGUCAUUGCGAGAUGCGUUUGAGGAAUGUCAGGAUCUUGAUGCAGCAAUAGAUCUCCACGUGGAAGAGAUGACUGCCAUCCAAUCGCGAAUUGCGAAAACAACAAUGGAUGUGCUUGAAGAGUGUUUUCCCCUCAAGAACUUGCAGAGAGAGGAGGCAGAAGAUGCUGAAGCUGCAGAACUUGUCGAUCUAUUUGAUGGUCUUUGAAGGUUUCAAACCUAUGAUCGAACCGAGUCAGUGUACAGCAAUAUCCCGUUGCGACAAGCGUUGCUGACCCCGUGGCUUUACCCGCUCCCACCAUUUGCACAUUGUCUCAGAGGGUCACAGACUCCCUGCAAGUAGCCAGAGAGUAGCCAGGGUCCCAGGGACACCUGGCGUCAAAGGCAAAGGUAGGCCAUCUAGGGCACAGAGUUUCAUCUGAUGAUGAUGAUGGAUCAGACAACUGUUCCAGGAGUCGUGCAGCAGGGAGAAAAGCUGCAGGGUGACGGGUGGCCAUGCCUG